AUGGACUUCCUAGACGAUGAGGCCGGAUGCAGCUCGGAUGUCCUAGUACCUAGCUCUCAACAAGAUCUUAAUCCGCGUGCCCGCAAGCGUCGCCGUCUUGACUCGCAUUCCGAUGACAGUCCAUUCGUGGAGCGUAACGAAUACGAUUUACCGCCAAACGAUGAUGAGACUAUAAGAGAAACCAAAAAAACCAAGUAUGAAGAACGUAUCCAUGUCCCUCAGUAUGGGGACCGCCCUCCGGACACCUUCGUCACCCAGUUAACUCAGCAACAUUCCAGUCCGUCCAGAAUCAGAGGACCGAGAUGGAUGAAACCUCGGAAGAUCCCCUCACCCUCGUCUUCUGCUGCCAAACGUCAAACUAACAUCAUAGGCCGACAACCCGAGGGCGCUACGCACAGCGAUGAGUUUGAAGUAGACGAGGACGAUCUCGAACUUUUCGAGGCCUUGGGUGACUAUGGUGACCCAACAUUUAGCAAUGGCAAUACAUUCUCAGUACCUAUACAAGGCGGCCUCAAUGGCAAUCUUGCUCCACGUCGUCUUCUACAGAAAUCCAACUCGUUCCGUCAGACAACCCUGCACGGGAUCCAUACCACACAGUCUGCACCAACGCAAUCGCAAUCGCAAUCCAGAGUGCACAGUUGGCCACUAGCAAACCGAAAUGAGCCUCUGUCUCACCAUGAGUUGAAUUAUGAGGCAAUGACCACGUGGGUCUAUCCUACAAACCUUGGCCGAAUCCGAGACUACCAAUAUAAUAUUGUGCAUAAGGGUCUCUUCCACAACAUUCUGGUUGCGCUGCCGACUGGCUUAGGGAAGACAUUCAUUGCCGCCACUAUCAUGCUGAAUUGGUACCGAUGGACGACAAAGGCGCAAAUUGUCUUCGUCGCACCGACAAAACCCCUCGUCUCACAGCAAGUUGAUGCCUGCUUCAAUAUCGCUGGCAUCCCGCGAUCGCAAACCACGAUGCUGACUGGAGAGGUCUCGCCAGCAAUCAGGGCAGAGGAGUGGCAAGAGAAAAGGGUCUUCUUCAUGACGCCUCAGACCUUGAUCAAUGAUCUAAAACAUGGCUACUGUGAUCCAAAAAGGAUCGUGUUGAUUGUGGUAGACGAAGCACACAAAGCGACUGGAAGUUACGCGUAUGUGGAGGUGGUCAAGUUCUUGAGAAGAUUCAACUCCAGUUUCCGAGUCCUCGCGCUCACAGCAACUCCUGGCAAAGACGUAGAAAAGGUACAAGAAGUGAUCGAUGGUCUUGGGAUCGCUAGAGUCGAGAUCAGGACCGAGGAAUCUCUGGAUAUACGCGAGUUCGUCCACAGGCGAAAUGUCGAAAUCCAGGUCUUUGAAAACUCCGAGGAGAUAACUAUGUCGUUGGAGAUGCUUUCAGCAGCGCUGCAACCACUGCUGAAUAAGUUGCAUUCCCAAGGCGCCUCUUGGGGGAAGGAUCCACGAAUGAUUACCCUGUUCGGUCUGAAGAAGGCCUGGGAGAGGUGGCAGUCUUCAGAAGCAGGCAGAAGAGCUCAGCAUUCUGUGAAAGGUAUGGUGAGAGCGAUAUCUACCACUCUGAUGAGUCUGGCCCACAACAUCGAGCUGUUGAAAUACCAUGGCAUCGGGCCUUUCUACCACAAGAUGAAACUAUUCGCAGAUGAAGCCUCCAGCGGUGGGAAAUACGCGAAACAAAUUGUGGACGACGAUAACUUUAAGAAAUUGAUGGUUCGAUUGAGAGGAUGGAUCAACAACCCGGAUUUCAUCGGGCAUCCGAAAUUGUCCUACUUGAAGACGGUUGUGCUCAACCAUUUCAUGGACGCUGGUGAGAGUGCCAGUGGCAGUCACAGUACUGGCUCUUCGGGCACAAGGAUCAUGAUCUUCACCCACUAUCGAGACAGCGCAGAGGAGAUUGUGAGGGUACUCAGUCGCCAUGGUCCUAUGAUCCGAGCACAUGUCUUUGUGGGGCAGUCAGGCACGAAGGGUGGCUCUGAAGGGAUGGACCAAAAGACGCAGUUGAACGUUAUCAAGCAAUUCAAGGCUGGAAAAUACAAUACAAUUGUCGCCACAUCGAUCGGGGAAGAGGGGCUUGAUAUUGGCGAAGUCGACUUGAUUGUGUGUUAUGACUGCUCGAAAUCGCCGAUUCGGAUGCUCCAACGCAUGGGUCGAACAGGGCGUAAACGGGCGGGAAACAUCGUCUUGCUCAUGAUGCGGGGCAAGGAAGAAUCCGAUUUUGCCCAUUCGGAGGACAAUUAUCAAAAGAUGCAAGAAAAGAUAGCAAGCGGCAGGGAAUUCAAUUUCCACGAAGAGCUAUCGGUCAGAAUCGUCCCAAAAGAACUCAUUCCCGCCGUUGACAAGCGUGUGAUAGAGAUCCCGAUUGAGAACACGCAACCUGGCUCGGCUGAGCCGAGCCGACGAAAAGCCAGAAAGGCCAAAAAACCACCAAAGAAGUUUCACAUGCCGGAUGGCGUUGAGACGGGCUUCACAUUCCUGGGCAAGGGAAAAAAAAAGACGACAGCUACAACGAAAGAGAAGACAUCGAACCCUCCGGAGGCAAGAAACGACCGUGACGUGGCUACACUGCCUCCUUUGAAGGAUGUCCUUCUGUCCGAGUUAGAGGAGCGACUACUUGAAGACCGCUAUGUUCGACUCGCGGGGGUCGAGGACGAAUAUAUCCAGUGUGUGCGCUUCGAUGCUUACCCAGAUCAACAGCGAAUCCUGGGCAAGACAGAUGCUGUCAAACAUUCAAGGACAACUAAGACUUUGGUGAAAGCCUUUGAAGCCAUGCGGGAUCCAAGGCAAGGCUGGAGUCGCCCAUUGGAAUACGGGGUGUUGCCAGAAGUCGACGGAUCUUUGCCCGAAUUGUCGGAAGCAAAAAAACCGGCGCGUACGACCGAAGCUUCCAGCAGCAAGUUGAAAUCUCGGACAUAUACCCGAACAAACGUGGCCAGCGACGCCGUCAGGAGCAGCUCCAUCGGCGAAUACGACGACAAUGACAGUUUCAUCGAUGAUGGAGAAGAUGUUGGAGGUUGCCCCCCACCAAGGCCCAGAUGGCAAGCCAAGUCAGGGAGCGAUGGUGGCACAGACGACGAUCUAUUUUCUCCGCUACGAAAGCUACGUAGCUCAUCCCCUGUCCACAAGGACGUAGCAAUCCGAGUCGAGAAGCGCUUUAACGUCUCGCAGCAAAGCAUCGAUUACGAUUCGAUAGACGAUUACCUGCCUGAUCUACAGGACCUGUUUUCCCCUAAGACGAGGAAGAUCCACGCACAGCAGGUGAAAGUCCGGAGUGCUGCGAUGCGUGCCUCUCCGAGGGCGAGAGAGAAAGUCACGAACCACGCGCGCCGGAAAGGUGCUAGGAGAGUGAUCGACAGUGAUGACGACGAAUAA